AUGAUAAGACCUAAAAUUGAUCACUCAUCUCCGAUAGUUCCGUACCUGCGCUGCAGCACCGAAGGUGCAGUCGCCCCUGUACGGGGCACGGACCGCGUGUACUCCCCUGGUCCAAUGAUAAAACCCAAAAUUGAUCCCUCAUCUCAGAUAGUUCCGUACCUGCUCUGCAGCGCCGAAGGUGCAGUCGCCCCUGUACGUGGUGACGGACCGCGUGUACUCCCCUGGUCUAAUGAUAAGACC